AGUUUGGGACCAAAGAGAGGAGAAUGGAUCUUGGAACAGCUGAAGGCACCCGGUGCUCCGACCCACCUGCCGGCAAGCCCGCAAUGGCAGCCAAGCGCAAAGGCGGCCUGAAGCUCAAUGCGAUCUGCGCCAAACUGAGCCGCCAGGUGGUGGUGGAGAAAGGAGCAGAGGCAGGCCCCCACACCGAGGGCAGCUCACUGCAGCCCCAGGACAAAGAACGCAGUGGUCCCGAGUCGGGGGUGGCCCGGGCCCCGCGUAGCGAAGAAGACAAGAGGAGGGCAGUGAUCGAGAAGUGGGUCAAUGGAGAGUACAGCGAGGAGCCAGCACCCACACCUGUGCUGGGGCGGAUUGCCCGGGAGAGCCUGGAGCUGCCACCUGAGGGUGUCUAUAUGGUACAACCCCAGGGCUGCAGUGACGAGGAAGACCAUGCACAAGAACCCUGCAAGGAUGGCAGCAUCCUGGAAGAGAAGGACUCGGAUGGGGCAGCUUCCAAGGAGGACAGCGGCCCCAGUGCCAAGCAGGCUUCAGGAGAGGCCUCCUCGCUACGGGACUACGCGGCCUCCACCAUGACCGAGUUCCUGGGUAUGUUUGGCUACGAUGACCAGAACACAAGGGACGAGCUGGCCAAGAAGAUCAGCUUUGAGAAGCCGCAUUCGGGCUCCACCCCUGAGGCGGCCACCUCCUCCCUGCUGCCCACGUCCGACGACACUCUCAGUAAGCGGGCACGUUUCUCCAAGUAUGAGGAGUACAUCCGCAAGCUCAAGGCCGGUGAGCAGCUCUCCUGGCCAGCCCACGGCACCAAGGCUGAGGAGCGGGCAGGAAAGGAGGCAGUGGGCCCCCUGCCCAGCCUGCGGCUACCCAGCAACACAGCACAUCUGGAGACCAAGGCCACCAUCCUGCCCCUGCCGUCACACAGCAGUGUCCAGAUGCAGAACCUGAUGGCCCGUGCCUCGAAGUACGACUUCUUCAUCCAAAAACUGAAGACGGGCGAGAACCUGCGGCCCCAGAAUGGGAGCACCUACAAGAAGCCAUCCAAGUAUGACCUGGAGAACGUCAAGUACCUGCACCUCUUCAAACCCGGGGAGGGUAGCCCUGACAUGGGCGGGGCCAUCGCCUUCAAGACGGGCAAGGUGGGGCGCCCCUCCAAGUACGACGUCCGGGGCAUCCAGAAGCCAGGCCCCGCCAAGGUUCCGCCUGCCCCCAGCCUGGCUCCUGCACCCCUGGCCAGUGUACCCAGUGCUCCCAGCGCCCCUGGGCCAGGGCCCGAACCAUCUGCCUCCCUGUCCUUCAACACUCCCGAGUAUCUGAAGUCAACUUUCUCCAAAACAGACUCCAUCACUACGGGGACCGUCUCCACCGUCAAGAAUGGAUUGCCCACAGAUAAACCAGCUGUCACCGAAGAUGUAAACAUUUACCAGAAAUAUAUUGCCAGGUUCUCAGGCAGUCAGCACUGCGGCCACAUCCACUGUGCCUACCAGUACCGCGAGCACUACCACUGCCUUGACCCCGAGUGCAACUACCAGCGGUUCACAAGUAAGCAGGACGUGAUCCGGCAUUACAACAUGCACAAGAAGCGCGACAACUCCCUGCAGCACGGCUUCAUGCGCUUCAGCCCACUGGACGACUGCAGUGUCUACUACCACGGCUGCCACCUCAAUGGGAAGAGCACCCACUACCACUGCAUGCAGGUGGGCUGUAACAAGGUGUACACGAGCACCUCCGACGUGAUGACCCAUGAAAACUUCCACAAGAAGAACACCCAGCUCAUCAAUGAUGGCUUCCAGCGCUUCCGAGCCACCGAGGACUGUGGCACAGCCGACUGCCAGUUCUACGGGCAGAAAACCACACACUUCCACUGCAGGCGCCCCGGCUGCACAUUCACCUUCAAGAACAAGUGUGACAUCGAGAAGCACAAGAGCUACCACAUCAAGGACGACGCCUACGCCAAGGAUGGCUUCAAGAAGUUCUACAAGUACGAGGAGUGCAAGUACGAGGGCUGCGUGUACAGCAAGGCCACCAACCACUUCCACUGCAUCCGCGCCGGCUGCGGCUUCACCUUCACUUCCACUAGCCAGAUGACCUCGCACAAGCGCAAGCAUGAGCGCCGGCACAUCCGCUCCUCCGGUGUGCUGGGGCUGCCGCCCUCGCUGCUGGGCGCCAAGGACACGGAGCAGGAGGAAUCGAGCAACGAUGACCUCGUCGACUUCUCUGCCCUGAGCAGUAAGAACUCCAGCCUGAGCGCCUCCCCCACCAGCCAGCAGUCCUCCGCAUCCCUGGCCACCGCCACCGCCACCACCGAGGCCGUGCCCAGCACCACCAAGCCUCCCAAUAGCAAGAUCUCGGGGAUGCUGCCCCAGGGUCUGCCUGGCUCCAUCCCCCUGGCGUUGGCUCUCUCCAAUUCAGGGCUGCCUACCACCGCACCCUAUUUCCCCAUCCUCGCGGGCCGUGGGAGUACCUCCCUGCCUGUGGGUGCCCCCGGCCUCCUGGGUGCCAUGUCUUCUGGGGCAGCAGUUUUGGCAACCCCCGACACGCCAGCUCUGGUCGCCUCGGGAGCUGGUGACUCGGCCCCAGCUGCUGCUGCCUCUGUCCCAGUGCCCCCGGCCUCCAUCAUGGAGAGGAUCUCUGCAAGCAAGGGCCUCAUCUCGCCCAUGAUGGCCAGACUGGCUGCGGCCGCCCUCAAGCCCUCUGCCACCUUUGACCCAGGAAGCGGGCAGCAGGCCACCCCAGCCAGGUUCCCCCCGGCCCAGGCGAAGCAGGAGCCUGGUGAGAACACGGGUGCCCCGGGCCCCCACGAGGCCUCCCAAGACCGCAGUCUAGAUCUGACUGUGAAGGAGCCCAGUAAUGAAUCAAAUGGCCACGCAGUCCCGGCAAAUUCAUCUCUUUUAUCCUCGCUUAUGAAUAAGAUGUCUCAGGGCAACCCCAGCCUCGGCAGCCUGUUGAAUGUCAAGACAGAAGUGGAGGGGAGCCCUGCUGUAGAGUCCUCGCCCUUCCUGGGCAAGGCUAUGAAGGCCCUUGUUCAGGAGAAGCUGUCCGAGCCCUGGAAAGUUUACCUUCGCAGGUUUGGUACCAAGGACUUCUGCGACGCCCAGUGUGACUUCCUCCACAAGGCCCAUUUCCACUGCGUGGUGGAGGAGUGUGGAGCACUCUUCAGCACCCUGGACGGGGCCAUCAAGCAUGCAAACUUCCACUUCCGGACGGAGGGAGGAGCUGCGAAGGGCAACUCAGAGGCUUCCUUCCCAGCCUCUGCGGCUGACACCAAACCUUCCCUGGCUCCCUCUUCCCCUCCGGCACCUCCCGUCACCACAGCCGCCAUGUCCUCUCUGGAGGGGCCCACUCCCAGCCAGGCCUCCGUGCCCUCCACCCCCACCCUGCUCGCCUGGAAGCAGCUGGCUUCCACCAUACCCCAGAUGCCUCAGAUUCCAGCGUCAGUGCCUCACCUGCCCGCUUCACCCUUGGCAACCACCUCUCUAGAGAACGCCAAGCCCCAGGUCAAACCCGGAUUCCUCCAGUUCCAGGAGAAUGAUCCUUGCCUCGCAACGGACUGCAAGUAUGCCAACAAAUUCCACUUCCACUGUCUCUUUGGGAACUGCAAGUACGUCUGCAAAACCUCCGGCAAGGCCGAAUCCCACUGCCUGGACCACAUCAACCCCAACAACAACCUGGUGAACGUGCGAGACCAGUUUGCUUACUACUCUCUGCAGUGUCUCUGUCCCAACCAGCACUGCGAGUUCCGAAUGCGUGGGCACUACCACUGCCUCCGGAGUGGCUGCUACUUUGUGACCAACAUCACCACCAAGCUGCCAUGGCACAUAAAGAAGCAUGAGAAAGCUGAGCGGCGGGCAGCCAAUGGAUUCAAAUACUUCACCAAGCGCGAGGAGUGUGGCAGGCUAGGUACCUAUGGCCAGGGCUGGGGACCAGGGACUUCCUGCAGGCAGCAGGGCUAUAGGUCAGCCCCUGAGCCUUGGUGGCCUGGUCGCUUCUCCUGAUACUCACCUCUUGCUUGCCCCCAUCAGGCCCCAUGUUUUGUUCAAGAUGUCACUGAUACCGUAGGCUAAGCCCUAUCAAACUCCAAAUGACCCAGAGCAAGGGUGAGGGUAACUC